AUGGACGCUCACAACUCGCAACGAUCCUAGCAAACGUGGAAUGUGGAAUGACUGUUAGUACGCUAAAAGCUACCUAGUCUGCAAGAUUAUAUUUUAUAGGUUUUUUUGACGUUUUAUAGCUUUUUUACAUAAUACCCGUGCGGGAUGGUGGUGGUGGUGGGAUCGCUUAGGAAUCCGUGUUCCUGUUUCUGCUUAAGCAUUUUUGCGUUCCAGUCUAGUGCUACAUUCUUUAAAAUAACGUUAAGUACAUCCACUACAUGACGUCAUACGCAUAAUGGUGCUGGGCCGCUAGAUGCACUCGAUUGAAAACAAGUUGAGAACUGGUUGAAAACGUAAACGCACAAAAAACAAUAUACUCUGAAAAAACCUAAACGGUUUGGAGCUUUUAGACAUUUGUCACAUGUCAAAGCACACGUCAUGUGACAUCUGUCAAGCGACCCCUCCCAUUCCAUUUCAGUGUAUAUGUUUUGUGGUUCCAUGUCAUGUGCUCAUUGCCUUUCUAAAAUAUUAUUAUUUUCUUUGUUUUUAUUUGAAUUUUUUGUAUGUUUGUUAAUCAGUGUGUGUUAAUGUCCUAUUUUCAUUUGUCACGAUUACGGAGGCCUCUGACCUCCAAUAUAUAGUGCAUUUUUCAACAAAUCUAGAAUAGUUAAAAACAACCAAUUGGAUUCCAACAGCAUCAAUUUACAACUCUUAUCUUGAUUGUGAUGUAAAAAGUGAGCACCGAUUUAUCUCACUUCACAUCCCAUUGUAACUGAGGUGGCUUCCACAUUAUGAUCUGCAAAACGCACCUUUUUGCUAAAAAUUAAAAAGUGAUCAAGAGGCACAAAAGGAUGGCUACAAUAUGGAGAGUUCUAACAAGAAAAAAAGUUCUGGAUGAGGGAUCUAUAGAAGAAACUAGACUAUCUAGAGUGUUGAAUACAUAUGACCUGACAGCUUUGGGAGUAGGCAGUACAUUGGGGGUUGGUGUAUAUGUUUUAGCUGGACACGUUGCUAAGGAUACUGCAGGACCAUCUGUGGUUUUAUCAUUCUUGAUAGCUGCAGUGGCUUCAUUGUUUGCAGGUCUUUGCUAUGCAGAAUUUGGAGCUAGAGUACCAAAAGCUGGAUCUGCUUAUAUUUAUAGCUAUGUAUGUGUAGGAGAAUUUGUAGCAUUUGUCAUAGGAUGGAACUUGAUUCUAGAAUAUGUAAUUGGCUCAGCUAGUGUUGCUAGAGGGUUGAGCUUGUAUUUGGACACAUUGAUAAAUAACACUAUGCAAAAUACUUUUAUUGAGAUAGCUCCCAUAGACAUUCCCUACUUAUCAAAGUAUUUUGACUUUUUUGCAUUUAGUGUAUCAGUUGUACUGGCAGUUGCCCUAGCGAUGGGGAUUAAGGAAAGCAGCUUUGUAAACAACAUUAUGACCAUCCUUAAUAUAACUGUGAUUCUGUUUGUAAUUAUUGCUGGAUCUAUCAAAGCUGAUAUCGCAAACUGGGAAGUAGAUCCAUCAAAAGUGAUUAAUGGAACUCAUGUGGGAAAAGGUGGAUUUUUUCCUUUUGGAAUUGAAGGAAUGAUAAAAGGUGCAGCUACUUGCUUCUAUGGAUUUGUUGGGUUUGAUUGUAUUGCCACCACAGGUGAAGAAGUGAGAAAUCCAAAGAGAGCUAUACCAAUAUCUAUCAUGGUGUCACUGUUCAUUAUCUUCAUGGCAUAUUUUGGAACAUCUACUGUCGUCACCUUGAUGCUCCCAUAUUAUGAACAGAAUCCUGAUGCUCCCAUACCUUAUGCCUUCGAGGCUGUGAAUUGGAAUGUUGCCAAAUGGAUAGUUUCUAUCGGGGCAAUAUUUGGACUUUGUGCAAGUUUAUUUGGAGCUAUGUUUCCACUGCCAAGAGUGAUCUUUGCGAUGGCUGAGGAUAGCAUGGUAUUCAGGUUUUUGGGACAUGUACAUUCAAGAUUUCAGACACCCUUCAUUGGUACUUUAUUAGCUGGAUUAUUUACAGGUCUAAUGGCAGCUUUAUUUGAACUAAAACAGCUGGUUAACAUGAUGUCAAUAGGAACAUUGUUGGCCUAUACAAUUGUUGCAGCUAGCGUAUUGAUCUUGAGAUAUUCUGUUGAGUAUCGGCCACGGUAUCUUCUGCUGCAAACAUCAGACAGCGAAGAUGAAAUAUACUCUGAAGACAAAACCAUUCCUGCUCCUACAGAGUCUGUUGAAACCAGUGAUCUUCUAACAUAUGAGGACAGCGGCAGCAUCAUGGGGCAAAUUUUUAAUUGCGGACGACGUAGCCAACCUACUAAAUUAUCUGAGAAAAUUGCGACUAUCGAUUUAUCAAUAUAUUGUGUAAUGUGUAUUUUUAUCGGCGUAUGUGCAAUUUAUAUGAAGGAGCCAAUAGUAGAUGGAGAAGUCUGGGCGAUAAGUUUGACUUCAGUGGCAGUACUUUUAGCUGUUAUUGUGAUGAUGUCUCUAGUGACGCAACCUACUUCAAGAAAGGAAUUAUCCUUUAAGGUACCUGCUGUUCCACUUAUACCAGCUUUAAGUAUUUUGACGAAUAUAUACCUGAUGCUUAUGCUUGAUUCGCACACGUGGAUAAGAUUUGCCGUUUGGAUGGCUGUAGGACUCCCAAUUUACUGUUUUUCUCACAAACCAUACACUGAAGCGCAAAAAAGAGCUGUGAACGUAACAGAUGAUAAGAAAAAUGGCGUGGCCAAUGGGAUUUCUCACUGCUACAUCAACAACGGAUAUGAACAUACGGAAAAAACAUCGGGGGGUUCUCCGAUUAACAAUAAUAAUAUUACCAGUGAGAUCGAACAGGAGUUAGAAAAGUUAGAUGAAAUGUUGGACAAAGUAGUUGGUUCUAACCCCAUGUCACGUGAUCUGUCUGUUGAGUCUGAUCUAUGUUCUGCUUUUUGUGUUGAAACUCAUUCUGUUCGCGAUCUCAAUGAAUCAUCUGUCGUGCCUUCAGCCAUUUUGACUGUGGGUGCAGAAAGCGAUUCAUCCGUUCAAGUCGGUAUCGAUAACAGGAUACAGACGGUCGUUGAUAUUGAACAUCACAAGGAUGAAAAUAGCGAUCACUCAGCAAAAGGUAAUGAGGUGAAGAGCCUGAAGGGAGAAAAAGAACAUACUGUUGAGAAAACGAAAGUUAUACAUAACCACAAUAAGGAAACGGAAGACCUUGAUAAGAUUGAGGUUGUCCAUGAAGACAAAGUUAUUAUCGACACAUACGCAUGUUCAGCCGAUGAAAGUAUUGGUGGGAAAACAAAUGAUGCAAUUGAUAAUGCCAUUGCUCUAAAUCUGAGGUCCGUGGAAGAUGAUGGCAUUCUAAAAGCUAGUCGUUAUAAAGCAAAUAGUGGUGCGAUUAAAACUUGUGAUGACGAUAAUGAUGAUUUUGAAAAAAGGAGUAAAGAUUCGGACGAAAAUCUGAUUGAACAAACAGAUGCCAAUACUACAACUCAGAAGUCUACCGAGAAUCUAACCAAUAUAAUGGUAGAUGACAGUGAACCAACUGAGACAUUGAAAUCUGCUUCUCACGUAGAAGAUAAUAUUUCUACCAAUGCUGAUACAUUACCAAGAGCAUCAUUGUCUCUAGCAAUAAAAAUUGGAGGUUGGAAUGACAGCCAUAAUGAUAUGCAAUUGAGAGAAAAGUCUCCCACGCCUUCCCUAGAACCUGACGAUGAAAAUUUGAAAGUCGGUUCCCCAAAGUAUAAGGUAUUCAUCGACAAUCUUAACAAUAAGCUCAGUCGACAUAGUGUCAUACCUUCAGUGUUUUCAUUCUCCAAUAAAACAAAAAAAGAUGUAGGUCAACGAAACACCUUGGAUGGUGAAAUGAAAAUCAACGAAAAUGUUUUGGAAGAAAGUAUCAACACAGCUGUAGCUAGAGAAAAAUUACUCGCAUUUAUCAAUGCUGGCCAUAGUUCCCCAGGAGCUUUUCAGAAACGCCAAGAUUCAAAUUUAAAUUCUUCUGAAAUGGAUUAUGGUCAAAAUGAUGACAAUACCAGCGACCCCAAUGGUGAAGCUUAUUUUGAUGCAAUUGAUAAUAUGGAUGAAGUAAACUACAUAGAUUCUGAAAACACUAAACACAUUGCAAACGACUUGGUAAAACAUCCUAAGGCUUUUAAAAGCGAUGGCGUUGAUGAAGAUACUGACGAUUACACGGUUCAUAAAUAUAGGAUGCAGAACGUAUUUAGAAGCGUUAAUCUGAAACGAAAGGACUCAAUGGAUACAGAUAAAUCCGAAAUGAAAGCAAAUACUGUUGCUUCGAUCAACAAUAAUAAACAUAAACAACAUGUGAAUGAAAUAUUUAACAAUGAUACAACCAGUACUAAGGAAGUUACUUCAGAAAAGCCAAGUGACGAAAAUGUUGAUGACUAUACUCUUCACAAAGCCAGAAUGCAAAAUGUAUUUCGAAGUGUACAUCUGAAAAGAAACGACUCAUUGGACUCGGAAAAAUCCGAUUUGAGGAAGAAAUCGAAAACUAUAUCGUUAAUUAAUGAAGAUAAGGUAAGGCACAGACAAGCUAUGGGCGAUAUUUUCAAGGCCAUUAAUAUGAAUAGAAAAGGCAGUUCUGAUUUAACUGAAUAGAUAUAAUUGAACAGAAAUCUAAUUCAAGAUAAUUAACUGACAGAUAGCACAAUGUCUGCAGGUGUAGCUGAUGUGAUGAAAUAAUCAUGGUUUGACAGAGUGUCUUGUCACUGCUACCUCUAUUUCCGGUGCGCAAAUUUUCAGCAUGUGUUUUCCUUUUUGUGCUUCUGUGGAGCUUUUGUGGGUGUUUUCAACCAUACACAUACAUGUAAUCACUUUGUGGUGAGACAAUAGAGUGUAUUCACAAUCGAAUUGUAAUCUGCACAAUAUGCAUAUAACUUUCAGUUGCUUAUUAUUAAGGUAAUAUGUGAUAACGUAAAAUCUUACAUCAUUCCUAUCAUCAUGUUGGCAUAUUGAUGUUAUUAAUGUAUUUUCGUCUAUCAACGCUUUUGCUUACUAACAGUUUUCGUAGCAGUGCUAACUCUGUCUAAAUGCGUUUUAAUGGGUCAUCACCAACGAAUUUGAAUAGAUUAGGAGCCAAACAUAUAUGUUUAGAUUGCAUUGUUUGUCAAGAUUAGUUUUAGUCCAUACUUUUGAUUCAUUCAUCUACAAAUGCCUACCAAAGUGACCAGUGUUGACACAUAAUAAUAAUAAUAUACUUUCUGGUGGAAACGUCUACCUUCAUUAGGCUUGUGCCGCUCUUUGCAAAUUAUGUAAGAAGUACCAUGUCUAAAACCACAAUUAUCUGCAAAGACUCACACUUUUAAAAAAUAACCCUAAAUAUACGAAUUUAAUGACAGAACUGUAAAAAAUUGACUCAUGACAGGUACACUUUAAUCCUCACUACAGAUUAUGAAAAUUCGGAACAAACCCUUGACUGGCUCCUACCUAGACUGAAUUCGUUGGUUACUAUGUAUUGUUUCCAUAAUUGUUGUAGCUUGUUUUUCAAGUUUAUUGUGUUAUUGAGCUACGGGUAGCUGAAGUACCUGAAUCCCAGUGAGAUUGAACGUAUUCUGCUGCGAUCCAUUUAUACACCUAGAUAUAUGUAACACUUAUGAACUUGAAAUAUCCACUUGCCCUUUGAAUUUGGUGGUUUAUGUUCCUUAAGGUCGCACGUCCCUAUUUUCGCUUUUUUUAGCAACAGUAUUCGAAAACCUUUUCAUCUGAUUACUUCAUGAUGUUUAUAGAGGUGACUAAAAACAUCAUUUUAAUUUUAUUUCAUGAUAAAAUGCAUUUUUUUGUGGAUUUUUUCUUCGAUCGUAACUUGUUAACAAAUACUAGUACAGCUCUGGAAUUGUAUGUGAAUAUUCCACUUUUAUGGAUGAAUGAAACAAGUGAUUACUUUUAUGCUUAU